AUGGGCUGUGGAGCGUCAGUGGGACGAUUCGAGGAGUUCAGCAGCUUUCAUGCGCAAUACUCCCUGGGAUCCAUUCCCAAAGCCUUGGGGAAAGGUUCUUAUGGAUCGGUUUUCCUGGCGACGGCGCGGCACGCGAAGCACAGCAGCUUCGCGGUCAAGGUGCAGACGGCACGGCGCACGGCCACCAAGAAGAUCGAACACGAGGCCAAAAUCUGGAAACUCUGUGCCUCGCACCGGAAUGUGGUCCAUUUUGUCCAAAUGUGCCAAGAAGCCGACAUUUACUUCAUGGUCAUGGAAGCCUGUCAAUGCUCCCUCUUCGACCGGUUGAUCGACAACCCCAAGUGGGUUUGGGAUCAGCUUUCGGGGGACUUGCAUCAAUUGGUGUCAGGGCUGCAGCACCUCCAUAGUCGGAGGGUGUUGCACUCCGAUAUCAAGGCGGAGAACGCGCUCUACGGAGGUCCUGAUGGCAAAAUCCUGAAGUUGGCGGACUUUGGCCUCGCAGUUUACAUCACUCCGUCGGAGGGUCCAUUGACCAGAGCACGGGGGUCUCGAUCCUACAUGGCGCCCGAGAUGUUGGCGGGUGAAGGAUAUGCCUUCCCAGCAGACAUGUGGUCCUUUGGCGUUUUGGUCUAUGUGAUCCUGGUGGGCCAGUUUCCCAUUGGCCAGUCGCGACAGACCAAGUCCGAGCUCACGCGGAACAUCAUCAAGGUAGAGAAGGAGCCUGCAAGGGUGACCAACUUGGCGAAUAAGUUGAAACGUGCCAUUGCUGUGGAACAGGGGAAGCUGGAUCGGAGACCGCCCUACUCGAGCGUCAAUGAUUCUCACCGCUCCUCCUCUGAGUUUCACCGAGUUUUGCCUUCGAGUGAGGGGAGCAUGGCCCAAGAGGAGGUGAUCACACGGCACGUGGGCAUCCAGAUGAAAUGCCUAAAGGUGGUGGACUUUAUCCGUUUGUUUUUGCAAAGAGAUCCAUCAGACCGAUGUACAGCCAAUGAAGCAAUUCAAAGCGAGUUGUUCCAGGAGCUGCAGUACAUGAGACAGGAGCACCGCGCCACAGAACAUGAGAGUCAACUUCUCAUCAUCAACCGCCGGCCGCUGAAGCGCUCGGACGCGCAAGCGGAGCCACUUCAGAAACCGGAGGACCUCAAGGACGAGGACGACCCGCCCCGACGCCCCACUGGAACCCCGCAGGGUGGCACCAUGCCGGGCGCCAUGAGCGGCACGCCACAGACAACGCCCGUGGUGACGGCGAAGUCGGCGCCUUCGCCAAGGAGUCCAGCUCCACCGGGCGAUGGACCGCCACCUGUGGCGCCUUUGAAGCGAAGGUCACAGACUUCAGGGGGCUUGGAGGACGCUGGAGACGAAGGACGCGAUAAGUUGGAGCCGUUGAGGCGGAGAUCUUUGACGUCUCAUUCCUUGGUCGACAAUUCGCAAGGGAUGUCACUGCUGCAGGUGCCACAGAGGCGUCGGAAGUCGGCGUCGAGCUCCAAGGAGCUCGACUCGGCGCAGCCCAGCAGAAGUCACAGCGACUUUCAAAGUCAGAUGCUAAUGGAGGCGCAUGAGAAAGAUUUGAGACCCAGCAGUGAAGGGCACCAGGAGCACCCCUCGGUCUCCGAGAGUUCCCCACGCGGUGCAAAAUCCUCGGCCUCCAACGCCCGGGCGAACGCCCCGGCGGCACCCGUGGACGCGGAGCCAGAGGACGGCGCCCCUGCGGAGCUGGAGCGAGGGCAGAUGACGAAAACCUUCAGCCGCAUGAGUUCGCGUGGUUCACGCGGGGCACGAAGCAUGCUGAGCCGCGACUUUUCGGGGUUCGAUUUGCUCCACAACUUGGCCAACACCAACAUCCGAGGUGACUCAUCUUGGCAGCUGGAACAGAGUGGCUUUGAUGCCUCCACGCUUCGGCAAAGCCGCUCGCGUGGUGGGCUGAGCUCGGCGGCCUCCUUGCGGAGCGGCAUCUCGGGGGCCUCGGGAAGGGGGCAAGACGACGACGCCCUGUCGCCAUUGCACCGCCGACCGCCUGAUCCGCCGCGAAGCUCGGGCAUCAGCACCGCAAACCAUGACCCAGACGACGAAGGUCCAAGACCCUCUGCGUUGCAACGGCGCGUAUCCUUGGGGGACAUGGAAAGCGAGUCGCAGAACCCCAAAAACUUGCGCCGGCGCGUGUCCUUCGACGAAGUCCUGGUGAUGCAACACAUGCUUCCGCAGGUACCGAACCAAGUUCCUAAGGAAAGAAAUGAAGAGGACUCUGAUUGA